AUGGUCCCAAAGACCGCCAAAGAACCGCAGUUUCUUCCCGAUGAAAAAGACACCGUGCCUCCGGAGCCGACGCAAUUCACCUUCUGUUCCUCGACCCUCGACGGCUCGCUCCAGGCUUCAAGUCUGUCGGACCUCCAAACGCUCUACGAACCACUCAACGAAAUACUCGAUGACGAGCGGCAAUACAAUGGGCUGUGGUGGCUGGACGUGACCGCACCGUCGGAAGAUGACAUCGAGACGCUCUCUCGCAUAUUCAACCUCCACCCGCUUACAAACGAGGAUAUAAAGGUUCGGGAGAAUCGGGAAAAGAUCGAAUUGUUCGGACCAUACUACUUCCUGUCCUUGCGGCCGGCCCGGAAGGUGGAAACAGACGAGGGAGUGCGGACUUCGCCGAUAAACGUUUACGCCGUCGUGUUCCGCGAUGGUGUGCUCAGCUUCUCCAUGGGGAGCAAUCCCCAUGUCGGCCAUGUCCGGAACCGCAUCAAGGAGCACCAGAGUCAUCUAUACUUGACUAGUGACUGGAUUUGCUACGCGCUAAUCGACGACAUCGUCGACGGCUUCGCGCCUUUCAUCAGCCAGGUCGAGCGCGGAGUGGAAGCCAUGGAGGAUAGCGUAUCCAUCACACGCCCGGACGACAUCGGUCUCGCGCUCCAGCAGAUCUACCACCGCCGAAAAGAAGUCCUCCAUAUCCGCCAACUCCUCAACGACAAGACAGACGUGAUCCGGUCCUUUGCGCGCCACUGCGAUGCCUUUGGCGCCUCUUCUUCCCAGGUCGGGCUCUACCUCAGCGAUAUCCAAGACCACGUCUUGACAAUGAUGGCGAACUUGGACGCCGCGGAGCAGAUGCUGUCCCGCGGCCAGUCAAAGUAUCUGAGCCAGCUGUCGUUCGACUCGACGCGCAUGCGGAACCAGAUCUCGCACGCCCUCAGUCGGUUGACGGUCAUCGCGGGCAUCGUCGUGCCUCUGCAAUUUGUCACUGGUCUGUUCGGAAUGAACAUCAAUGUCCCGGCGAAGUCGGACAGGGUGGACAGCUUGACGGCGUGGUUUAGUAUUCUUGGUGUGCUGGUCGCCCUAAUUGUACUUUUCUUUGUCAUAGCGCGGAGGAUUCGUGUGCUUUGA